CUUUACCAUCUACUCAAUGCUACUUCAUGAAGAGUGUAGCAAAUCCAGUCAUGCAAAUUCGAGGACGGUAUAGGCCUAUAUAUUCUAUCUGAAUUUGCUACAGCUUGUGGCGCUUUUCCACCGGGAAAUAGCCACGAUGGCUGUUACCUCAAUGUGGACGAUACUCGCUAAUGUCCUCAUACCCCUAUCGAUCCUCGUCUUUUCAUCCGGGUUUUUUCCUUAUAAGCCUUUGAUCCCAGGGCUCGCGAAUUACAAAAAUGCGAAUAACAGUCAUAUACCCCCAAAAAUAUUCGACAGGGUUAUUUUCAUGGUCAUUGAUGCCCUGCGGAGUGACUUUGUCUAUUCAAAUAGCUCCGGGUUUUUAUUCACCCAAAGCUUGAUUCGAACAGGCGCCGCCCUUCCGUUUACUGCUUAUGCUAGUUCUCCGACUGUCACAAUGCCCCGACUCAAAGCUAUGACAACAGGGACCGUUCCGUCAUUUUUAGAUGUGAUACUAAAUAUUGCAGAGUCCGACACUUCAUCAACUCUUAUGUACCAAGAUACCUGGUUGGCACAAUUGAAAGCAAAAGGUGGCAAAUUGGUCAUGUAUGGAGAUGACACUUGGCUGAAGCUGUUCCCCGGGAUGUUUGGUAGGGCUGAUGGAACCACGAGUUUCUUUGUGUCGGAUUUCACAGAAGUAGACAAUAAUGUGACUCGUCACAUUUCCAGCGAGCUCUUGCAGGACGAUUGGUCAGCAUUCAUAAUGCAUUUUCUUGGACUUGACCAUAUAGGACACAAAGCUGGUCCCAAGAGCCCAUAUAUGAUAACAAAGCAACACGAGAUGGACUCUGUUGUUAGCCAGGUAUACCAAGCUCUGGAGCAAGAAAAACAUCUCGAAACCACCCUCUUUGUUUUAUGUGGUGAUCAUGGGAUGAACGAUGCUGGAAACCAUGGCGGAUCAUCCGUGGGCGAAACCUCGCCAGCCCUGCUUUUUAUAUCACCAAAGUUCCAGCUAGGCGAACUCCAAAAUGAUAGUCCUGCGGAAGCAUUUAGCGACCUACAAUAUUACCGUACUGUUGAACAGACAGAUAUCACACCCACUUUAGCGGGUCUCCUAGGUUUACCGAUUCCCUUAAAUAGCCUGGGUGUCUUUAUUCCGGAGCUCCUUGUAAUGUGGAAUUACGGACCUCACAGGAUACAUAUGCUACUCGAAAAUGCCAAGCAGUUGUUAAAUACGGUUAAAGAAUCGUUUCCCAGCUCCAGCUUCGAAUUCAGCUUGUUUCCUACCUUGUGCAGCUCAAAAUCAUUGACCGAUAUUGAGGAAGUUCAGUGCGCCUGGUUCCAAGUGCUAAAGUUACUCCGUGGAUCUGGUGCUAAUUACGACAACGGCUCCUAUCCGGAGAUCGAGUCUGCUCUUCAGCUCUUUUUGAGAAGAGCCCAGAGGCUAAUGAGCAGUGCUGCAAGUAACUAUAGCCUUAUACACCUCUGGAUUGGGCUGUCAAUCGCCUGUUUUGCCGUUUUGCUUGCGCUAUUGCCGGUCAAACGAUUGCUAUUGAAUUGCAAGCUGGCUGGGGUUUUCUUGGUAUUUAGUAUUCUAAGUUAUAGCGGCAUGAUGUUCGCCAGUAGCUACGUGGAAGAAGAGCAGCAGUUUUGGUACUGGAUAUUGGUGGGAUGGGUGUUCUAUCUGCAUGUCAGAUAUCCCACCCACUCUCAUGGCAAUCCAAUCCAGGGAGCCAACCCAGUAGGUGGCCACUGGCUAUUGGUAUCCUUGUUUUCAAGGUUUGGCGCACCUGUGUUGGCUGUAUCUUAUAGAGUCCUGCGGCGAUGGAAUCAGACAGGUCAGAAAUUCGCUGCUGAACCGGACAUAGCCCGGUCCUUCUUUUCUUCUCACCAGCAUGCUUUGUGGACCUUGGUAAUUUUGACAUAUGCUGAUACGUGUUUACACAUUCUCUCCGGCCUUCCGGCAUCGGUGCCGUGGCAACUUGCAGGUUGUGCUGUGGCACUAGCAGCUUUCUUCUUCAAGCUUUUACUGGUGGCAUCUGACUCACCUGAAAUUCUCGGUGGCUCCUUCUUGUGGCCCGUAUCUACGGUGGCUGAUGCCAAAUACCUAGUUUAUCACGCAAGGGUAGUCCUAUGUGGGAUAUCUCUCCUCAUGAUCUUUUCUAUCUAUUACAGGAAGAAUUGGAAACCGACUAACAAGGACAGAGGUUUACCGAGCAGUGUCUUCCACGAAACCCUCACUCUUUUUCUACUGACACAAUCGAGAGUAACGAAUAUACCGGCUUUUUUAGUCUUCAGAGUACAAGUCAGCCUUCUUGCAUCAAUGCAUUUAUCAGUCGUGGAACAAAGCAUAAACUCCCUGCUCAUGCAAUAUAUGACGUUUUACGCAUUCGGGGGUUCAAACGCCAUCUCGUCGGUUGACCUUUCGAACGCAUACAACGGUAUUGGCACCUACAGUGUUAUGAUUGUUGGUGUCUUGACGUUCAUCAGCAACUGGGCUGCCCCGAUAUGGUGGGUCUCAGCUAGUAGGCUACUUCGUUCCCCACAGAAUUGGAAAGAAAAACAGGCUCACCUAGCCAUUUUGACUUUUUAUGUGGCGAGCAUGUUAAUGUCCGUCAUGGCGGCGUGUACAGUGUUAAGGACACACCUUUUCAUCUGGACAGUUUUUUCUCCUAAGUACCUUUACAUUAUGGCAUGGGCAAUGAUCAAUCACCUUGUAGUGAAUAUACUAGGGGAGAUCGGUUAGCGCUUUCUUGAAGGAAGAUAAGCUCUCCGUUAUGAUUACUAGGGAAUGAUGAAUACCUGACACUUCCAUAUC